AUGCUUGCUUUGGUCACCACGACAGCCCUCGCGCUGGCUCCUCCUGUCACGCUAAAGAAUCCUCCAUCCUUGCUUCCAAUAAGCCAGCCUCUUCCAUCCCAAUAUUUUGCAUCAGCAUGGUCCCCCGAUAACGCAUCUCUCUAUCUUGCCUCUCCAUUUAACAUCGAUCGCUUCAUAAUCUCGGAAAGCCGAUUAGAUGAGGCCAUAUAUGCGCAGUCCAAGGAGGAAGGAGAGAUAAAUGCUAUGGCAGUAACUCCAUCAGGAAAUGUAGUAUUGGGCAUCGGGAGAAAGGUGAUCGUGUUGGAAUACGCAACUGGAUCAACAAAAGUGCUCAAAACGUUCGAAUCCCAUGGAACGAUGAUUACCGCGCUGGCUGUGUCAAACGACAGUACACUCAUCGCUUCCGCCUCUUCAAAGGGCGUUCAUAUUCACGAUUUACUUGCUCCUGCCAAACAUACAUCUCUUCCCCUCCCCACAAGUGCUCCAAGGUGUGUGAGCACCAUGACAUUCCAUCCUCAUGUUCGAACCCGCCUGCUUCUUGGUCUUGGCCGUGAUAUACUGGUUUAUGAUGUGGAAAAGCCUUUUGCGCCUGUAAAACCUAUUGGCAUGGGUCGAGUUGUAGUGGGCAUCGCCUGCAGCCCGUUUAGCAAGACGCUUAUUGCCGUUGCAAGUACAGAUAGCGUCGGCCUUGUUGAUUUGGAUAAGGAUAAGGGGUUAUUCAAGACAGUCUUGUCCUCGCAGCUCAUUACCUCGAUCACAUUUUCACCUGAGGGUGCAACUAUCUACCUCGGUGUGCGGGAUGGACUGAGGAUUCUCAAUCUCAGAGAACUGGACAAGGAAAUGAAGAGAGUUUCUGUAGGCGAGGCUGGACAAGGAGUAGUAUGUCUUGCUGUUCAGAAAAAACUAAAAGCCUCUGCGUCUGCUGUUAAACCAAGUAUUUCCAAUCCACUAGCAAACUCCCCUCCUGCACGUGCUCGUGCCAAAGUAGCCUCAAACGUUCGUUCCCCCCUCCGACCUGUGACAGCUGCUGUACCGGGAAAGAAUGGGAUAUCGUCAAUCAAGACAUCCAUCGCUGGGGCACCUACGAAGCGGAAUGCACUAGAGACCAGUACGCCGACUAGGCGCGUCUCAAACAGAGGAACUUUCUCGCCAUCGAGGAAUCCUAUAUCACCGCGUAGUGGCAAAAGUACCAAUAGUUCUGCAACUGGCAUGCUGCGCACCAGGGUGUCUACAUCGCAAGAAAACAUCUUUGAUGAUGCAAGUGGCACCUCAAUGCGAUCGAGUGCACGCGCCGCAUCGUCCCAAAAAUCAGGGGUAUCGGGUAUUCAUGCUCACCCUGGCGAGUCGAUCUCCGCUAGACUGGCCUCGUUGCGCACAGAUAAACCAAGAGAGACCAGGGUUGCUUCCGGAUCGUCUGCUCGUUCUGAUAUUACGAGGAUGUCGUCAAAUUCAAGUGUUGGCACGAAAACCAAAGGGUCUUCGUUAAAGCGCGCCCCGUCGACAAUAUCCAUCUCUUCAUCAAGGACGAGGGACAGCGCUCGCUCAAAGACGCCUACCAACGAAGACGAGGAUGCACGCACGGAUUUAUCGUCUCCAGAUUUGCCGAUAGACCCCGUAACCCCUGUCUCCAACAUGAAGAGACAGGCAGCAGGAAUAGUUGUUGAAGCCCAGAAACCAAGGGUAAGAACAAGUGCAGGGAGGACGAGGACAGAGACGGGGAGCACAGUCCUUGGUGUCAUUGGUACCGCAAAGUCGAGGGAAAUCAAGAAUGAAGGGAAAGAAAAAGAGGUCAAUCAUAUGGAUGCGGAAGAUGCUGGCAAGUAUGAGGAGCUAGACGCUGUGGAAGAAGACGAAGAAGACGGGCAAGUGACCCAUGAGUGCGAGCUCUCGAUGCAAGUUUCCCCUCGCCGCCCCGCAGCACAGACUUGUGUUCCAUCACCACUCCGGCAAACCUCCGGCACCUUGUCUAUGCAAUCUGGCGCAAGCGGUGCGUACGAGCUUUUCCGGGGUCUCAUUGCGGAUAUGCAGGCCAAGAACCACGCAGACAUGAAAGCGUUACACGUGGACAUGCUGCGAAUGGGGCGCGGGCUUCGGCAGGAGAUGGAUGAGUGGGGUGGGGAGGUGAAAAAGUUGAGGGAGGAGAACGAGAGGUUGCGGGAAGAAAACGAUAGGCUGCGAAGAGGGUACUGA